AUGAAAACCAACUUUGCCGCAGUUGUGGCCUUUUCCGCAGCAGCUCUCUUCGCUGCCAGCCCAGCUCAAGCACAAAUCCAAUCGCUUGAUCUUACAGGGGGCGGUGGUGCGACUAGCUCCAAUUCAAGCCAGCAAGCCGCACCAGCAUCCACAUCCGCUGCCUCUGCUGCUCCAUCUUCUUCCCUCCCAACCAACGCCAUCCCUGCUGCUUCUGGACCAGAUGCACCAGCAACCAGCUCUAUCGCUACCGACCCCAUCGUCUCCCCCGCCUACGCAGCAGGCACAGCCACAUACAUCCCACCACUUCUCCCUACCUCCAAAUCCUCCAUCGACGUCUCUGCCCUUCCAUCGUCUAUCCCUCCUCUCACUGGCACUCCCUCCUCGAACUUCACCCUGCCAAACGCAACCGCGACCGGCUCAUUCAGCUCGAUCCCAACUCUUCGUUCUCAACCUUACCAGAUUGUCUUCGCGGACACCUCCGGCUUGCCCAUCUACAAAUGGAACCUCGCCCUCAACUCUUCCUCAGAACAGAGCAAGGAAGCUCUCUGUACCUCGCAGAUGCAAUUCUGCGCUGCAGCUGGAUGCGACGAUCCAGAUGCCAAGUUGAACAACUUCUGCGAGACCAAGUACAUGGGUGUUGCUUGUUCAUGUAGCAAGGGUGCGUCGAGGCUGCAGCAGUACCAGUGGCCAGUGAUGCUUGCGGAUUGCCAGGGCAGGAACACCGCUUGCAGGGAUGCAUGUAUCAAGCCAGGCCAGGGUGUAGCGGAUCAGAACAAGUGUCUCGACGUUUGCUCGCAAAACUUCGGCAGCACUUGCGGAAAACCUGGUCAGUAUGCGGCAAACUACGCUGUUGGAAAGAAGGAUGACAAGCCAAGCUACACGGUCGUGCAGGGCGGUACAGCCCAGAACAGUGCGCUCGGCAAGAAUGUUGGCAAGGUCAGUGUAGCGCUUGUCGCGACGCUCGUAUCGGCGAUCGUCGUGGUUGCACUGUAA